CGUCUUUUGUCCUUCCACCGUUCCCGUUAGUGCAGCGCAAGCUACUUGGUAGCUAGCUAACUUAGCGGUACACCGCGGUGCAGUGAACGGACGCAUGUCGCGGCUGGAGUUCCAGACAUCUGGAGAAUGACCAAUGCCCCAACGCUGUGAGUUCAGUGGGCCGCCGAAGCGCAAGCAUUUGAAAAGCGGUCGCUGCGGAUGCACCGCUCUCAACUCGGAGGAAAUCGCUGUGGCACGGGAGCCAUGGAGGAAAGGACGCUACAGCUAGCUGUGGCUAAAGCUACUCCCAUUUUCACUUAAGAGCUUUUCUCUGCGGCUGCCUUGCACAAGUGGUUCUGACCUCGCACUGCUGCUGGUAUAAUGUAUAGUGAAAUGCAUAUUAAGAAACAAUCGGCUUCUGCAUUUGGAUAAUAAUCCGGGCGUUUACAGCGGUCAGAGCACUCACAACAGUUGGGGUUAGCUAGCAUGGCAUUUGCUGGCCAACGUCUGCUACGCCCCAGUGCGUUGAGAAAUGCUAGCUACGUGUUCGCGGAAGCUAGCUAGCGUUGAACAGACGAGGGCGUAACGUCCCGACCCGGUCUCUUUGGUCGUGUUUGUGUUCUGGAUAACGUGUGUCUGCUCGUGCAGUCCCAGCUAUCGUGUCAAAAAGAACCAAAACCAACUCGUUAUUUAAAGCUAACACUGCAGCACCAGAACACCGAGCUAGGCUAACUGAGUAUACUCCAGGGGGGACGUGACGCGACGCGACGCGACGCGUCUCGGUUUUAUUGACAACGCCGUCGUCUCUCGUUUCCAGGCGCUGGCAAGCGUGUGAUUCCACGCCGCUGUAGAUGGGACCACAGGCGGACUGUGGGGGACGUCUCGUUUGUCAUCGGGAACACACCGUGGGCGGAUUGUAGCCCGAGCCGGUGCAUCGAUGAGCGAGGGACCGCUUGUGAGCCCUCUCGCAGGCGGGGAGCCUGCGUGGGAGGACGUGGGGCGAAGCGGCAAAGCAGAGGGCGCCUCUGAGGCAGCGCCGGCGCAGGAGCCCUCGGUGCCGCCUGUACCCUUGGGGCCCUCGGCACCCUCUGUACCCCCUGUAACCUUGGUGCCCCCUGUACCCUCGGUAACCCAUAUACCCUUGGUACCCUUGGUGCCCCCUGUACCCUCGGUAACCCAUAUACGCUUGGUACCCAUGGUACCCUCUGUACCCUCGGUGCCCCCUGUACCCCCUGUACCCUCGGUAACCCAUAUACCCUUGGUACCCUCUGUACACUUGGUGCCCCCUGUACCCCCUGUACCCUCGGUAACCCAUAUACCCUUGGUGCCCUCUGUACCCCCUGUACCCUUGGUACCCCCUGUACCCUCGGUAACCCAUAUAUCCUUGGUGCCCCCUGUACCCCCUGUACCCUCGGUAACCCAUAUAUCCUUGGUGCCCCCUGUACCCCCUGUACCCUCGGUAACCCAUAUAUCCUUGGUGCCCCCUGUACCCCCGGUCACCCAUGUACCCUUGGAGCCCUCGGUGCCCCCUGUACCCUCAGACAGUCUCCACACAGGGGGAAACCCCGUAGGGGAGUCCCUGGUCGAGGUGAAGGAAGAGCCUCCUGCCGAUUGGUUCGAGCCCCUCGAGGACGAUGAAGAUGACGAUGCCCUCAGCUUCGGCAGGAACGAUGCAGAGGAAGAGAGUCUGGCAGGAGAAAGUGAGCGGAGCGAGAGCGUUGCGGGCAGCGAGAAGGCGCACCGAAAGAUAUAUCAGCUUCAAAUUCCCCGCCGCAAGCGAUCGCAUCCCGACGAGGGAUGGGAGGAGUGGCCCGUACUCGGAGAGGGCUGGAAACGCAAAGAAGUUAUUCGGCGCUCAGGAAGCAGUGUUGGUCAGAAGGAUGUGUAUUAUGUCAGUCCACAAGGUGAUCGAGUGAGGAGCAGAGUAGAACUGGCCACUGUGCUGGAGGGAAUUCUAAACUUGUCAGCCUUCGACUACAGGAGCGGAAAGUUCUUAGAAGGCCAAGCACCACCCAUAAGAAUUCGAAACAGAGCGAAGAGAAAGAUCCGGGAGCGUUCGUCCUCAGAGUCCAGCUUCAUGGAGAGAGGCGAGGGGGCAGACACUCCUGACUCGUACCACAGGCUCACCCCCAGCCUGGGGCCCAAAAGCAUCCAGUCCAACCAGACGGGCUUCUCCUCGUACAGCACACAGGGCACUCUAAAACAAUACUAUCGCCACGAUGAUCCGUCAGCGGAGGAUAGAAUUAAACUUCCUCUUCCCUCAUCAUCCCAGCGGCACACACUCCCCUCCAUCAAAGGAGAAAUUGGGACAGAGGACAGUACUCUGGUCUGUGCCAGGUGCGGUAUUUCCUUCACAGGAACAUGGUAUGACAAACAAAGGAAGAGGCCUUGCUGUCCCUCCUGUUGGGCCUCAAAGACAAAGGAGCAUCCGAUGAUCCGUUUCAGAAAGUGGAUUCCUUGCGGGCAGUGUGUGGGAUGUCACAACACCAUCAACUGUGGGCAGUGUGCCAACUGCAAGCACGGACUGCAGAGCCCCGAGUCCCGGAAACGCAUAUGCCGAAAACGCAAAUGCAUAUGUCCUAUUCGCAAGGGACCUGGAAGCGGAGGCCUUCUGCAGCAGAAGUCUUACAAUGACGCUCCUGAAAACUUUGACGACACGUGCAUGAGUUUUCAGAGUGAAUUUGCAGACUCACAGCACCCGAGUCUCAAAAGCAGCGACACGGAGAACUUCUCGGUCAAUGUGGACGUCGACGAUGAUGAUGAUAUGUCAACUGACGACGACGAUGAUUGGCACAAGAAGAGGAAGCGGCGCUCAUGUGGAGAAUGCAAUGCCUGUCUCUGCAGGAAAGACUGCGGCACGUGUGACUUCUGUGUAGACAAACCCAAGUUCGGAGGCAGCAACAAAAAGAGGCAAAAGUGUCGUCUGCGGCAGUGUCAGAGGCAGGCGAUGAGACACCUCCUGCCGUUCCAGAUGGGACAAGGAGACUAUGGUCCAGAAGGCCUGCUGAUGCCGGGCAGGCCCAGACCUCACUACACGUACAGUCGCAAGUCCAGUUUAAAGAAGAACAAAGGACCACCCGGCAGCUUGGACGUCACCGACAAUGAAGAUGAUGACCAUAUCUUCCAACCAAUAAGUUGGAGCUCUGAGCCUGCCAGUGGCAGCAAACACAAUGAACUGAGUGCGAGAAACCACCACUCAUCUAUGGAGCCACUGAAUUAUUCAAAUAUCGGACAGCGGAACGGAGUCCCUCACAUCAGCAACCAUAACAACAGUCAGCUGGAACAGCUAAGUAGAUGGGAUGCAGAGAGAUCGUACCUGGGAAGAGACGGUCAAAGGCACAUUGAAGAAGACUACUACGAUGAUGAAGAAGAAGAAGAAGACGAAGAAGAUGAGGAGGAAGACGACGAGUUCCCCAUGAUCACACAGAUCUUCAGUUUGGCGGAUAACUCAGCCGGGAGCGGUGCGGAUGUCGAGAAUCAGCUGCUGAAGCUGCUGCACUCACUGCGCUCCUCCGCACUACCAAUUCUCUGGUACGCCAUCAUAGUGGAUGGCCCACAGCUGCAGCUCACCCAGUGUUCCAAACAGUCCAACAUGACGGACACCAUGGUGCUGAUCGACCCCGGCUUCUUCUAUCAGGUCACUGUCCAGAAGCAGCCGCUGCUCCCCACCCACCCGCUGUACGACAACUACCCGGCGUGCCUGACCUCGGCGAGUGAGGUGGUCAACCUGCUUCUGGGCCUGGAGAAAUACUUUGUGUGCCAGGGUCUGUCCCCCAAAGAGUCUUCGCCUAAAAAAGACCCAAUCAUACUGGAACGAGCGUCGACGUGCGACUUCCUGGUAAAGAAGAAUGUGAGCGUCUGUACUAACUGCAGAGCGCUGCAAGGACUUUAACUUCAGCACGGACAGACCACAGUGGAAACUCCAGAUCCACUGGAGUAAAUGUGUGCCAUUUGUGUUUGUUUGUCCCAUUUUUAUUUAAUCUUUAGGUAAUACUAUGUCUUACAUUAUGGAGAUUUACCUCUGGAGAUGUGAUGAUGAACCAGCCAGUUUGGGCAGCUUGAUGGGUAGAGCUGGAAUCUGACUGAGCCACACUUACUUGGGGGAAUAUGAAUCCGUCACCCCCUCACGAUUAUUAGACAAUUGAGUGAACAUUUAAGCCACAUUUUUUGUCAGCCCAAAAAUAGAAUUGAACUUAUAGGUAAUUAACCCACUUAUCUUUUCACAGGCAACAUUGGCCAUCUCAUUUUUCUAGCAUAGUGUGCUCCGGAAUUUGAUGGAAUCAAAAAGCAGGCUGAACUUUAGUUGACAAAGGGUUUUAUUUCCAUCUUGCCCAUGAUUUUUCAAUUUUGUAGUAAAUUAUAUGAUCUAUAAAUACGUUCCCUUGAAUUAAAACAUUCGGGAAUUUUCUUUUAUGCUCAUCUGGUCCAUUUGGCAAAUUGGUUCCGAUCAUUUUUGUUCAAUACUGACCUUCUUUUUUAACAUCUAAAUUAUGGUGGUAUUCAGAUGAAAGCAUUAAAAAUUAGACGAUGACAUAUACCGUGUAUACUUUAGUGAUUUCAUUAGAUAUAUUACACAGUGAGUAUGAAAACACAUCCACCCCCCCGGACGUCGUUUUAAUUUACAAAGGUCACACAAUAUGAUAAAACGUAUUUACAACAAAAAAGUGAGGAGGACACAAAAGUAUUUUCAGUAUAUUCAAUAUCACAUUGAGCCUAAAGGUCAGUCACGAUGACCCUCGUGGCUCCGCAGCUGAGACGGGAGACGGUGUCCAGACAACAACUGCUGCUCCCACAGUUGCAGCUUUAGGUCAGAGGCAAAUAGAGAGCCACUGUAAAAAACACAACAAAAGAGACUCGUCUGAGGACGAGAUGUGAGACUGAAAGAAAGUUAAUGGCGGUUCUGGGGUCAGGUGGACCCCUGGAGUCCACACAUCAGUUCUCUCAAACAUCUACUGCUCCCUACAUAAUCUGACUGUUAGUUUUGCAAAAAAUAACUUCCCCAACACUGUAAAGACUCCACAGCAGUUAAUACUUCAAACAGUUUUUUAGGGGUUUCUCUCCAGAUUAUCCCUCCUAGAUGCCUCAUUGUGUCCAGUUUCACCAUAUGUUUUAAAACUGGUAGGAAGAAGGGGGGCACUGUUUUCUGUUAGAGCUGAGAAAAAUGGAAAAAUUAAUACAGCUGUCUUACAGACGAGGCUUGAUGGUACGCAGGAACCCAGAGGGAGGGCACCUUAAGGGGCAUUAAGCGAUUUUAAGCAAUACUCGUUUUGUAAAAAAAACAAUAUUUCCUCACCGUCCGUCAGCUGUUGCUUUUGGGUCCAGGUUUUCAGCUCAGCCCGGGCUCUUUGAACCGAAAACAAAAGAAUGGUGCGGACCACACCACACAACACUGCGAGUGCAGUUUGUAAACAUCACUUGAUGAUAUGUUCAAAGAUGUGCUAGCGGGUGGCGGCUUUGGCCUAGUGGUUAGCGCGUGGGUCUCCCAUACCCGAGAUCGCGGGCUUUGCGUCCCGGCCCGAACAGUAAAAUCACAACAACAACAAAGACAGAAACAAGUUUUCUCCCAAAUCGCUCGCUGCCCCUUUAAUCAGUGUUGGUUUUGGUUGUGCCAGAUGUUGUUUGCACUUCACAUGAGAUAGGCUUCUGAAAUAGGUUGACAUGUAUUUUUGCAAAAUUAUAUCUAAGGACAACUGGUCUCGUGGACAAAAGUCAUUGCGUUCUUUCCCCUAUGAUGAUUGGUGGUUGAUUUUGUAUUUUAAGUUUUGAUGAAUUUCUUUUUAUAAUUAAACCACAACCUAUUGAGUUACGAGGGUGGUUUUAUUUUAACUAUGUGAAAGUUUAUGCAUUCUUAACAUAAGAUAUAUUUUUUUGUUAUCUUGGUUUCCUCACGUUACUGUGCACGUUUUUAAUGUUUGGGCUCUGUUGAUCGUUCUUUUAAAAGCUUAUUGAGUCUUUAAAUUAAAACAUAUUUUUAAAAAUA